AUGGUGGCUCGAGCGCUCCCUUUGCUAUCUCUGCGAGGAGGGCAGGCGAUUGCACGCGCAGCUGAUCGAGAUCGGUCUCGACUGAGGACGCGCGAUCGGCCGAAUCUCUACAUGAUUGCAGCGCUCGUCCACAACGGAAGAACACCGGAGGCCAGGGUGAUCUUCAAUGCGGCACCGCGGAGGAAUCUUGUGUCGUGGAACUCGAUGAUCGCGGCGUAUGCCCGGAAUGGGCAGAUGCUAGAGGCCAGGGAAAUGAUUGAUCGACUACCACAGCAGGAUGUGGUCUCUUGCAAUCUCGUGAUGCACGGGAUCGAAGAGGCGAAUGAGAUCUUCGGUCGGUCGGAUCGACGCGGCCAAGGCGAUCCCGGGACUUUGAUCCUGCGUGAUUUUUCUCUUUGGAUCGAUGCGGGAGCGAAAUUACAUUCCGUGGACAGUUCUUACAGCAUUUUCCGCGGAUGGAAAUCUUUCGCGGGGCGCCCGGUGCUGGAUCGAGUGCCCCACAACGGCACCGUGGCGUGGAACUCGCUGAUCCAGGGGGUGAUCUGGCACCGGUCGAUCGGCUGCCCGAGCGAGACAUUGCGAGCCACAAGUUUAGGCCUCGCCCUUGCGGAUCUUCUCGCGAAUGCUCCUCGCGGGCUUCUCCCAGUCCUGCCAGAUCGAUCGCAUGCCCGAGCGAAGCCCCGGGUCGUGGAACACGAUGAUCAACGCGCUCGGCCCCGGGUCGCGGAGAUGGAUCUCGAGGGCGCGCGCCCCGAUUGGCUGGGCUUCUCGGAGGCGCUCGACUCGUGCUCGAGCGUGGCGGGGACGGCUCAUGCGGCGGCGGUGGAGAUGCGUUUGGAAUACGCUUAUGAACCAGCAAACGACUUUUACGAGCUCGUUCUUGGGAGCUCUUUCAAUGCAGAGGAGGUGGCAGCAUCUGCUAGCGAAUGCUCAUAUGCAACUCUUGCUUCUGCAUCCCAGAUUGUGAGUGCCUACGAACGUAUCAGAGUGACGGGCUUUACGGUGAGCAAAGAUUAUGGGUACGCUGCAAUAGGUGGCAACGUCAAGCAUUCACCGGGAAAGGUGAGUGCUAGGGUAUUUGGAUCAACUCCCACUGGACCUGGGUGA